UACAAUGUAUGGACAAUGUACCAAGUAUGUACCGGGGAGGAAACCGGAGUGUCGAUAGCUAGACAUGGCUUUGGAGAUUGCUGCAGCUCCGCUUCGCGUGGAUCAAAUUGGUCUUUAAUUAGUUGGGUUAGCUCACCUAGCUGAGGCAGCAUGGUCCUGAGAAAACGACUAAAAUAGUGCCUUUUUUAGUAUUUAUAUAGAGUUAGAAUGUCAAACUGUGCGAGAGAAUAGGGUGGUCGGUCGAUGCCAUAGGCCUUUUCCCGGCGUGCUUAGAAUUAUCUUUUAUUUUUAGCAUUAGUAAAGAAACAUAGCUGGCUAUCGGCAUAGCUUUAAAUAAUUUUCAUCUUUUUUUGCCGCCCUCCCGUAGCUAACAUGAAGAGGGUUAACAGUUUUCAAAGGUUCAUGAACCGCCGCGCUGCAGCAAAUGGCCGCUACCAGCCCACUUGCUACGAGCACGCUGCCAACUGCUACACACACGCGCUCCUGAUUGUCCCGGCCUUCAUCGGCAUGGCGCUGCUGUACAGGCUGUCAGACGACGGCUGGGAGAGAGUGACGGCCUGGGUCUACGGGACGGGCCUGUGCGCCCUCUUCCUGGUCUCCACCGUCUUCCACAUCGUCACCUGGAAGAAAAGUCACAUGAGGGAAAUCGAGCACUGCUUUCACAUGUGCGAUCGAGUGGUGAUAUACUUCUUCAUAGCUGCCUCCUACACACCCUGGUUGAACCUCCGGGAGCUGGGCCCUCUGGCCGCGCACAUGCGCUGGUUUGUGUGGCUCAUGGCUGCCGCGGGGACCAUCUAUGUGUUCAAUUACCACGAAAGGUAUAAACUAGUGGAGCUGGCCUUCUAUCUAACAAUGGGGUUUUUCCCGGCAUUGGUCGUGACGUCAAUGAACAACACGGACGGUCUGCAGGAGCUGGCGUGGGGCGGGCUGAUAUACUGCCUGGGCGUGUUUUUCUUUAAAUGUGACGGCGUCAUCCCCUUCGCGCACGCCAUCUGGCACGUGUUCGUGGCGCUCGCCGCGGCCGUGCAUUACUACGCCAUCUGGAAGUACCUCUACCGGAGCCCGGCGGCCGACGUGAUCCGCGACGUGUGACGUCUCCCUCCCUCUCCCUUUCCCUCCUGGUCUCGGCCUCUCUCUCACUCAAACAGCGUAAAACCUCCUCGAAGACUUGCGUAUUCCUUCUUGAAUGCCCUGACGUCGUAGCCUGAUCGACAGCCAAAAGUUUACGAGAAAAAAAACAAACAAAAAAAAACGACAGUGUAUUGUUUACCGUUUUCUAAGCUGGUGUGAGCUGUUUGAGUCCGUGUGUCUGUACCUUCUCCCAUACCUCCGGGCAAGUAUCGCUUGGACUUUUGUACCACUUCUGCCUGGAGGCACGAAACCAAACGACAUUUUCAUUCUGGUUCUUUUUUAAAGGUUUGUUUGUUUUCUCAAGAAUGAUUGAAAACAAAUGAAACCAUUUUGUAUGCUCUCGGAUAUCACAAUAUGGAAAUAUUUAGGUUUUUUUGUGUUUUUUUUCUUCUUCACUCCACAUUCCACAGAAAAUAAAUUUUUUUUUUAGUGCUUUUGACAGUUAGCGGCAUCACUUAGCUUGGUAGCAAAUGGGUAACAUGUGAAACUCAGAUUUUUGGAGAGUGUUUUGGGGCCACAUCUGAAGCCUGUAUUUCAUAUUUCCAGUAUAUUUAUAUUAUAAUAGGUAUUUCUGCAUUCAUGUUUUUUCAGUACGGUGUCAUUUUGAUCAACAGUAUUUGAAAGUGCAGUCUUGAAAAUAUUUUUCUGAGGUCACUUUUGUACCACGAAGAACCACUUCAAUUUUAUAUCUUGAAUUGUGCUGAACACCUCGUGUUCAACGCAAAAUCCAUUUUGUAUUUUUGAGCCCGUAACCAAUUUAAGUACUGAACACAGGUGCACUGACGAAGCAGAUUUACCAUGUGAACUAGUCAUGAAAUCAUGAACAAGGUAAUUUUCAUUUGCCUUGACCAAGUGACCAAAAAUCAAGUCGUCUACUGUAGGCUAGAAUCAUCCGAGUCGCGAGAUGAUUGUGGCUUCAGCCGGUUAAUGCUCGCUCUUGUACACGGUUAACGAGGAUGUUAACUGCAGAGAAGCGCCAUCAAGACAGGGGGACCCCUAGGGACUGUUUUACCGUUUUGCACAAAAUUAUCUGUGGCUCUGCAGAAGCAACGGCUGGAGUUUGCUGUAAAAAAAAAUUCAUAAAAUCACACCAACCUGACCGUGUGACCUGCAGGAUCUGUGCACUGACGCUAAAUAAAUGACUAAAUAGAUACGACAUGACUUUAGCAACCAAGAUCAUCUUUUUUUUUUUUUGUAACAUUGCACAUAAUCACUUGCUGUAGAUUUGCGUGGCAGAUUUCGGUCCGUCGUCGAUGUUUCCUACACUGUGAAAAAGGCUGGUCUGCGUGCUGUCGGCUGUGGAUGGGCGACGCUGUGGCGGGACGGUCACGGGUACACGUGACGUUAUGUCACUGUCUCAGAAUGUUUGUGUCUGUAAAAUCAUUUCUGCAUACCCCCCGUCCCCCC